CGGUUGUGUGCGGGGCGGAAGCCCUGAGGAACGGCGGCGGGUCCCGGCCCCAGAGGGUGUCCGGUGGACCCCGGCCCCGCCAGCCGCCUGCCCCCCAGCGCCGGGCCGUGGGCUGCCCGCGGCGGCGCUGAGGCGCGGGCGGCGCGGCGGGAGGUGACGGCCGGAGCGAAGGCGCAGGGAAGGAGCGCUGCGAGGAGGGGAGAUGUCCGCCCCGUACGGCAGCCUGAUGAGAUACCUGUUCCCAGCCCUGCUGCUGCACGGGCUGGGAGAAGGUUCUGCUCUUCUUCAUCCAGACAGCAGGUCCCACCCUCGGUCCUUGGAGAAGAGUGCAUGGAGGGCUUUCAAGGAGUCGCAGUGUCAUCACAUGCUGAAACACCUUCACAAUGGAGCCCGGAUCACUGUGCAGAUGCCUCCCAAUAUCGAGGGACACUGGGUCUCUACUGGCUGUGAAGUUAGAGCAGGCCCCGAGUUCAUCACAAGAUCUUACAGGUUCUACCACAAUAAUACAUUUAAGGCCUAUCAGUUUUAUUAUGGUGGCAAUCGCUGCACAAACCCUAUCUACACAUUAGUUAUACGUGGCAAAAUACGUCUCCGCCAAGCAUCCUGGAUCAUCCGAGGGGGUACCGAAGCUGAUUAUCAGCUGCGCAGCAUACAGAUCAUAUGCCACAAUGAAGCAAUAGCCAAAAAAUUAAGUGAGCUGGUGAACCAUACAUGCCCUGGAUUUAUACCAGAAGAUAGUCCCUGGGAGCAGGAUGUGAGCUAUGAUUUGCUGAGAGAAGAGAAUGGCUGUGAAUGCACCAAAGCUCUGAAUUUUGCCAUGCAUGAACUCCAGCUGAUCCGCGUGGAGAAGCAGUAUCUGCACCACAAUUUGGACCACCUUGUGGAGGAGCUAUUUCUUGGAGACAUUCAUACUGAUGCUACUCAGAGGAGGUACUAUCGGCCCUCUAGCUACCAACCUCCACUUCAAAAUGCCAAGAACCAUGACCGCACAUGCAUUGCGUGCAGAAUCAUCUACCGGUCAGAUGAACACCAUCCUCCCAUCUUACCCCCAAAGGCAGAUCUGACUAUCGGGCUACACGGAGAGUGGGUGAGCCAGCGCUGCGAGGUGCGACCAGAGGUCCUCUUCCUCACUCGGCACUUCAUCUUCCACGACAACAACAACACCUGGGAGGGUCACUACUACCACUACUCCGACCCCAUCUGCAAGCACCCCACCUUCACCAUCUACGCCAAGGGACGCUACAGCCGGGGGGUGCACUCAUCCAAAGUGAUGGGCGGCACGGAGUUUGUGUUCAAAGUGAAUCACAUGAAGGUCACUCCCAUGGAUAUAUCCACAGCCUCUCUGCUCAACGUCUUCAACGGGAACGAGUGUGGAGCUCAGGGGUCCUGGCAAGUCGGGGUUCAGCAAGAUGUCACUCACACAAACGGCUGCAUCGCGCUCGGCAUCCGCCUACCUCACACCGAGUAUGAAAUCUUCAAAAUGGAGCAGGACGCUCGGGGCAGGUACUUGCUGUACAACGGCCAGAGACCGAGCGACGGGUCCAGCCCCGACCGACCAGAGAAGAGAGCCACUUCCUACCAGAUGCCUUUAAUUCAGUGCGCUUCAUCAGUACCCAGAGCUGAGGAGUCACCAGAGGAGAAUAAAAUAAGGCUGUAUAGCAGCAGGGCACCGGAAAAAUAUCCCAAGGCCCCAGCUCUUGCUUUGCUGUUGUUUGUUUGUACUGUGUCAUAUUGGGACAUUCUCAGCUAGAAGUGAAAAAAAACCCAACUUAUUUUUCAUGACUACAAAGCCAGGAUUCCACCAGACUGGGGGUUGUUUUUCUUCCAAAAGAAAGGGACGUUUAUUUUCUUGAUGCACUUGAAUGCCUGAGAAUGGUUGUUCUUUUCCUUACUUCCCCCCUCCUCCUUGAAUCCAGAACAGCACUCGUUUGAUGUUUGUGCUUUGAACUUCAUCCAGUCUGAUCCCUGGCCUGACAUGACUGCACAAAAGUAAUUGCACUUUAGGACUGCAGACUUCUGGGGUGGAGGGAGGGGGUCUCCUUUUAUUAUGUUUUUUUUUUUAAUUGCUGAGGUGAACAUUAAGAUCCUGCUUCAGUCGUCUCUCCAUCUUACCAGUGUGGUACUCUUCUCCCCAGUGCUGGGGUUCUCAUCAGAACUUAGCUCUGGGGAAGGGCUCGGUGUCGUGCCAGUACUGUGAGAGCAGCUUCCGCCUCUGACUUCACAGCUCUGCUGUAGAUAUGUAUAUAAGGAGGAAACCCAAAAAGAUUUAUUUUGUCCUAUUCUCACAGCUCGUAACACAAAAAAGGAACAUCAAAUCAACAGCCAUGUGUUCAGACAGUGCUAAAUGGUUCAUACCUCUAAUUAAAAAAAAUACUCCAAGUAAUUUAAGCUCUUUUUACAAUCAUUAAGUUGUAAAAAUAACCAGUGGUUUAAUAUUUUCUCAUUCAAUUUCCUUAGCUAUGUAAUUGCUUCAAGGUCUCCCUUUGUACCUAGCGUGUAGUUACAGCCAAGCCCCCUUAAAACCAGACAGAAGCAGCAUUUUUCUGUCAGAUGCACACAGCACAGGUAAGUUGCCAACACAAGGCUGCAGGGACUUCUUCCGUUUUCAUAUUCCUGAGGCCUUACAUACUCUGCAUGCAGUAUUUGUGCCUUGGAUUUUCUGUCAGCCAGGUGGACAAUUAAAAAAGUACUUAAAAGGAGUCUAUAAGAAAGGUGGGGACAGACUUUUUAGAAGGCCAUGGUAUGACAGGACAAGGCGUAAUGGUUUUAAACUAAAUACGGGAGAUUGAGACUACACACGAGGAAGAAAUUUUUUACAGUGAGGGUGGUAAAACACUGGUCCAAGUUGCCCAGAGAGGUGGUAGAUGCCCCAUCCCUGGAGACAUUCCAGGCCAGGCUGGACGGGGCUCUGAGCAACCUGAUCUAGUUGAAGAUGUCCCUGCUCAUGGCAGGGGGUUGGACUAGAUGACCUUGGAAGGUCUCUUCCAACCCAAAUUGUUCUGUGAUUCUAAGUGGGCUCUAACAUGUUCUGCAAUCCUAUUUAGCAGUGUAUUUUUAGCAAUGUGACCUUAUGUGGGAACAAGUAAAGAUUUUCAGCAGCAAGCACACUCUGGUCCCUAGAAGAGCCAGAAAGCAGCUGGAAAUGUACCGGCAUCCAUCUGAUGGAGGGCAACUGGCCCAGUCUUACCAGAGGAAGGAGCAAGAGCUGCACAAAUGCAGCUAUGUCUUCCCUUUUCUCCAUGCUGGACUGUCCCAACACAUACCAUGGUUUCACAGAGUUUAAAUCAGUGUUGGUUUGGGGACACACUGCUGGGAAGGUGGAUCAGCACAGCCCUCAGAGCAUUCUUCAACAAGAGCCUGCCCAGGAAGCCCUCAGGUUUUCCUCCAUGGCAAAUUCAUCUUUGUGUGCACACUGAUGUGAAUCAGAGCAAACCCUGGAGAGGCAGUAGGGGAGAUAUUUAAGGCCAGCAAGGAGUUACAAAUUCAUGGAUGAACCAUGCUCCCCUGCUUUCAUGGAAAGCGAGCUGAGGGCACUGCUUAACUUUGUGGCAUUUGGGUUGUGGCUUUUACAGGUAUAUAUACCAUGUUUUGGCUCACAGAGAGGGCAAAAACCUGCAUAAGAAACUUAAGGAGUAAGGUCUCAUAGUAUCAGCAGCUUCUAGAUGCUCAGUCCAGUACUAUGGGGGAAAGAAGCCCUUACUGCGUUAUUUUCAGCAAAACAGGAAAAGUAUGUCGUGAAUGAGGUCUUUCAGCUUUACACAGGUGAGUCUUCCUACUGUCUGCUACAGCAAAAGCAUUCUUAGAAAACAGUGACAGCAUGGACCUCACUAGCAAAAUCAGCAGGAAAAAGCCCUUUGAGUAGCAAAUGGCUACGCUCAGUCUGCCUACCUCCUCAAAAUCAAUGCCUUCUUGACAGUUUUUCGAAGCUGGCAUCAUUCUUUGAUGCAAAUUUCCUCACAAUGGGAACAAAACUAGUUCAUCUCAUUUUGAGACAGCAGGAGGAAAGGGGGGGAACAAUCAGAGGCUCUCACUGCCAGGUCAGAUCGCAUCUUUCAUGUUUUUUCCUCAGGUAGAUGAAAAGUCACAGAAAACUCACUAAGAAUCAGGAACAGAGCUCAGGAUGGCUCAGGAGUCACCAUGAAAAGUGUUCAUCCAUCCAUCUGAUAUCAGAUCUUAUUCCAGCCUGCUGGAAGGAGCUGAAAGCCAACUCCCCAAGAUUAAUCAAGCCCUAUGCCAAUCUGAUCAGCAUUUCUUGACAGUUUUCUCUGCUCCACACAGUCAAACCUACUUGAAGAGUCAGGUCUGGAUCAGUUACUGGUAGGGAGGCAUCAGGAGCACAAUUUAACUAAAGAGUCAAGAACAAGACACAAUGCCUCUGAAAGACACACUAGGAACCAGGAUGAAGUUUGGUUUUCUCUAACUAGGCUUGAGUUUUGUAUCCAGCAGAUUGACACCAGCAUAUCUCCAAAUGAGUUACAGAGCUAUUAUAAGAGUGUUGAAUAAGUAUCAAUACUAUAAACUACAAGAUAGUUAAACAAGUAUAAAUACUCAAAUACUAGCUUUGUUCUGUUUGCGACACAGUGGCAUGACUGAAUUCAUGUUAGUCUUUACUUAUGAAGAUGGGUAUGGCAUGAUGUUCCUCAGAUCAUGAGACAAGCUUCUUUCACCACCACCAACCAUUUCCACAUUAGUUGGUCUCAUCUCUGCUAAAAAUCUCAAUAGCCAGAAAUUGUCAGACCCUGAUCCUUGCCUAUGCAAGUGCCACACACAGCUCAGUCCCAGCUAAAAUCUGCACAUGCUCAUGAUGCAGGAUUGAAGCUGAGAGCAAAGGAGCUGCCCCACAGCAUGAUGUUCAACACUCAUCAGGGCAAUGAUCUACAGUUUAUUAGUGCUUUGUGGCUUCUCUGUCAAUUACUUAACAUCACAAAUAUUACAACAGUUUCAAGAGAAAGACCUGUCUAGUUCUUGCCUCUGAAAAGCACAUUCAUGCCUCAACUGUGAUUUGAAUCACAGACUUUAAAAACGCUAGGUUUUCCAAGGCUUACAAUUACACCAAAUGCAAACAUGACACAACGUACAAAUUGUACAAGAACUGCAUUUUUUUUCUUCUGUCACCUAGAGAUAGUUAAAAAGGAAGCAUUUCAAAAAAGCCUUCAUAAUGCAUGACCAGAAAUCUGAUUUGGGGUUCCUCUAGUUUAUUUGUAGUGUUGAUCAGAAACAUAAUUUUAAGAUCUGGGUUCUCAGCGCAUGCUGCACCAGCUUCCGUCUUUGUGCCUAUAUAUUUUUCUCUAUUUUUCUAUUAGCCAACAGAAGCCAAGUUGAGAAAGAAUAUAAGUAAGUCUGCAGAGUGCGGUUUAUUUGCCAAGCCAUGUUCUCUGCAAGGCUUCUCCUAAGCUACAGGCACAGAACUAGGAGCUAAGCUUCCUUGAUCUUUCGGUUUCAUCAUGCGCUAAAUUAACUGCUGCACAGCACCAUAUACAUUUGUGACACAAUAUAUUCCAUUCAUUCUAUUUCUCCAACCUGACCUCACGUGCUGGCAGCCCUGGCUGCUAAAGAAGUUAAGCUGCAAGUGAUUUAGCAGUGGAAGACCUACAAACUGAGUGACAUGUGCCAUACCAAAAUGCAGAGGUUUUAAAAAAAUUAAACAAUUCAUGUUGGUAUCUUCAAUAACUGCCAGUGUUGCCAGGACAGGUGAAAGUUUUGCCCUCAGUAAUAUCCUACUCAAGGAGCCACCUGACAGAACAAAUGGUAACCCAAAGAAGUUCUUGGGCAAAUUGUUUUAACAGGUUCUAUUUCAGUAAAACGACAAAAGGGAUCAGAAAAACCAAAACAAGUGUUGUUACUUUGUCUCUAUACCGUUUACAUAUUGUGCCUGGUGCCCUGGGGUAGAAUGUAAUUUUUAUGAACAGAAGUCCAUAUUUGAAGAUAUAAUGUCUGUCUUGUUUGAAUUGGAGUGUGCUUGCUUAAAGUGCUGGAUUUAAAAGAAAUCUUUUUAUUUUUGUAAAGUUACAGAAGAUAUUUUUCUUCUCAACUACGUUCAAGAUUAAACUGCCGGGGAAGUUUAAGCACUUGUUAAACUAUUGAUUGAAAUAAAAGAGACUAACUGAAAAAUUAA